CGCAGCCCGCAGCCUGCCACCCUGCUCCGUGCCCACCAGCAUGUCUUUCGUCCCAGUGGCCGAGGAUUCCGACUUCCCCAUCCACAACCUGCCCUACGGCGUCUUCUCCACCAAAGGCAACCCAAGACCAAGAAUCGGCGUGGCGAUUGGUGACCAGAUCCUAGACCUCAGUGUCAUUAAGCACCUCUUCACUGGGCCUGUCCUCUCCCAACACCAGGAUGUCUUUGAUCAGCCAACUCUCAACAGCUUCAUGGGCCUGGGUCAGGCUGCCUGGAAGGAGGCAAGAGGAUUGUUGCAGAACCUGCUGUCCGCCAGCCAAGCCAGGCUCAGAGAUGACAUGGAGCUUCGGAAGCGUGCAUUCACCUCCCAGGCUUCCGCCACAAUGCGUCUUCCGGCCACCAUAGGCGACUACACGGACUUCUAUUCCUCUCGGCACCACGCCACCAACGUCGGAGUCAUGUUUAGGGGCACGGAGAACCCGUUGAUGCCCAAUUGGCUGCACUUACCAGUGGGCUACCAUGGCCGUGCUUCCUCCGUCGUGGUGUCUGGCACCCCAAUCCGCAGGCCCAUGGGACAGAUGAGACCCGAUGACUCUAAGCCUCCUGUGUAUGGUUCCUGCAAACUCUUGGACUUCGAGUUGGAAAUGGCUUUCUUUGUAGGCCCUGGGAACAAACUUGGAGAGCCGAUCCCCAUUUCUAAGGCCCAUGAGCACAUUUUCGGAAUGGUCCUUAUGAACGACUGGAGUGCUCGAGACAUUCAGAAGUGGGAGUACGUCCCUCUUGGGCCUUUCCUCGGGAAGAGUUUUGGAACCACCAUCUCUCCGUGGGUGGUGCCCAUGGAUGCCCUCAUGCCCUUUGCUGUGCCCAACCCGGAGCAGGACCCCAAGCCCCUGCCGUAUCUCCGCCACGACCAGCCCUACACGUUCGACAUCAACCUCUCUGUCACCCUGAAAGGAGAAGGAAUGAACCAAGCAGCUACCAUAUGCAGGUCCAAUUUUAAGUAUAUGUACUGGACGAUGCUGCAGCAGCUCACCCACCACUCUGUCAAUGGCUGCAACCUGCGGCCGGGGGACCUCUUGGCUUCUGGAACCAUCAGCGGGCCGGAGCCAGAGAGCUUUGGCUGCAUGCUGGAGCUGUCGUGGAAGGGAACGAGGGCCAUAGAGCUGGGGGCUGGACAGACCAGGAAGUUCCUGCUGGACGGGGAUGAAGUCAUCAUCACAGGACAGUGCCAGGGGGACGGGUACCGCAUUGGCUUUGGCCAGUGUGCAGGAAAAGUGCUGCCUGCCCUCUCAGCGGCCUGAGGUUCUCUCUGCUUUCCUGGAAACACAAGCCUUGAGCACUGCCCUCUCCACCUCCCUGCGGGGGACCAGGGGCCCCCACUGAGGCCACAGGCCUGGUUCUUCAUUCAGUAAUAAAU